CCAUCGGACUCGGUUCAUUUUUCUCUGUCUCUCGGGCUUUCUAUCAAAUCGUCAGGUCUCUCUCUCUCGGUGGUGGAGUAGAUGUUGGCUUUUGGUUUGGAGUUGGUUUUGUAAAUCGAUCGUUCACUACCAUCCGUUGUUGACCUUCUAUUUGACAUUGAUUUAUGAGUUUCGAAGGGAACAAAAGAGUGGGAGAUAACAUUUCCGACUUCCGGCGAGGUUCCGACCUGCAAACUCACCGGCUGACCACACCGGCGUCUCUUUGUUGGGCGGCUUCCGUCGAGGGGCAGCCACAGCAAACCUCCGACGGCUGGGUGCAUUUGCCGGCACCCUGCAAACCUCCGCCUGUCGGACCUCGUUCUACGCCUGCUCAGCCAUCUCUGGGCAACAACCAGAACUCAACAUUAUUGGAAACAAAUACAGAAUGAGCAAGGAUUGGCCCUAUGAGGUGAUUUUGAAGGCUGUCUUUCCUUUGUUGAGUGGUUCAGACUUGGCAGCAUGCAUGUGUGUGUGCCGCCAAUGGCGAGACAUAGGCAGAGAUGAGUACUUCUGGAAAGGUCUUUGUGCAGAAAGAUGGCCAUCCAUCUGCAAGAAGUCUUCACCACCACCUUUUGGCUACUAUAAACUCUAUCUAACAUUCUGUAAGAAACAACCUCCACGGCCGCUCCUACCUCCAAAUCUCUCCUUUACCAACCUGGAAUUCUAUAUUGAUGUCUGGUCCGAUGAGAAACUUGUAUUUUCAGAGGUUGUUCCUGGCCCUAUCUUGCAAGCAGGCAUCAAGAAUCCACCUCCUGGCAUUUCUGACGUUCUCAGGCUUCGCUUAGAAGGCCCUGGGUACAAGAUGAUGAUGGCGAUUGACCCAUGGUUCCCAAUGGUCCAAAGCGAGAGUAUUAGUGCUUCUGUUCUUGUUUCUCGACAAGACACGAAGAAGCUUGCUCGCAUAAUCAAUAAGUCAAGUUUUGAUUAUGUGGAUGGGAUGGGCAGGGCAUUUGCUUAUGACUAUUUGGAAUUCUCACCUUUGCAUCCAUUUAUAUCAGGCAUCAGGGCCUGGCUGUCUCUGCUGUUAAUGGAAGACGGGGAUGGUGGUAAUGUUGUUUUUGGGAUCGAAAUGGAUUUCUUUGAUGCUGCAAACUCUGAGGAUGAGGUUUUGUGGCUUCUGGAUAUGCUGGAUUGGAAGUGAUGUGUGUGUCAUAGCUCAUCAAAUUUAAAUUUCUAGUCGACUCAGCCAGGAACAGCUGAACUCAAGUACCCACAGAGGGCACCAGUGAGGAAUGUAGGCUGUGCAGCUGAAAGACGAAUUAUGAUUGUAACUGUAGUCGUCGUGCAGAGGGAGCCUGCACCUAGUUUAUGCCAUGGUACUCGCAUUUUCUGGACCCAUACAAUUGGGUCAUGGUACUUUCCUCUUCUCAGAUAGUACCGGCCAAGUUUUGUGGUGGCUUAUUGGACCUCUAUAGCGAUUGAAGCUUGUGCGAAAGCUAUAACGGCUGGUCACAAGUUGCUACCAUCACAAAUGUCUGUUUGGGUAGGGGACAAAAGCCUUGAUUAGAUAUUUCCUCCACCAGCCUAAAUGAACGCUCAUAUACUAUUACUGCUUUAACUAUCAACUUCUUUGUACGAUCCAUAUCGAUUUUUUAUAAUGGAAGAUAAGUUGCAACAGA